GCUUUAGGUCCUAUUUAAUGAAAAAGUUGAACGUGUCGCCUGAGAGCUACAAAGUGUAAAUAAAACAGCUGCUUCUCUGAGUCUCAGUUCUCUCUAAAAUUUUAGAUCUAGAUUAUCUAAUAAUCCUGUAUGAAAAUGCCACCUAAAGGGAAGCAAGCUACAAAAGGACAAAAACAAAUAGCUGAAGAGAACCAAUCAACACUUCAGUUUUAUGUAUAUGUCAUAGGAGGAGUCAAUAUAGUAUAUUACAGUGUCUGGUAUUUCUUUUACUGGGACUUAUUCACCAUGCGCCCGAUUGUUUUGUCUUUGCUGACAGCUGCAAUUUACUUUGGUAGUUACAAGUUCAUGUCCAAUAUGGCCCAAUCUGUUUACCAAGAUGGACAUCUGGUAGAUGCUGGAACUGACCUUAAUAUGGAAUCUGGCAUGGCAGAACAUAGCAAAGAUCUAAUCUUGUUGACGAGUAUUGUACAAAGCUUGUCCUUAUUAAGUGGAUACUUUUGGCUUUUUUUGUUACUGGCUCCCGCAAGAGUUCUACACAUUUUGUGGGUUAACUUUUUAGGCCCAUGGUUCUUUGCUCCUGCUGAGGAGCAGCCAGUGGAUGAUAAAAAACAAAAGAAACUAGAGAGAAAGAUGAAACGACAGCAGAUAGUCAGAUGAGAAAAACUGUUUGUAGAUAGCUUUGUGUUAGAUUUGUGCAAGGUGGACAAACGUUUUUUUCUCAUGUAUGUUUGCAGUUUCACAUUUUAAAUCAUUAUGUAGCUAAUUAAUGAUGACAUUUUGUCAACUUUUUCAUUGAUGUGCCAUUCAGCCCUUAAUUGUAAUAUAUUUCACUUGUCUGAGCUCAUGCAUGGUUUGCACAAUUAUUAAAGUAUACUUUUAAAAUGUUGAACCUUACUCUCUAUGAUAACAGGCAACCUCUCUUGAUUAUGUGCCCUGGUUCAAAACUGUGUCAUGUGACCAGCUCAAUUACUUGCUGCCUUUACUUUCCUCUGUAGAUUAAGACUUCACCAGAGGAUUCAAACUUUGGCAUUUGGUUCAGCAGCCUAGCUCUUUAGCAUUUCAUUCACCACAUCCUUUGUCGUAUGACCUAAGUCUGUUCUUAACAUAUGUUGGUCUUUUGAUGUGUUGAGUAUCAAUAGUCAUUUAGUUUAGUAAAAAGAAAAUUUGUUUAGCUAUCUUACAGCUUUUUUUAGGUGCCCAUAUAAUAUCUUGAUAUCAACUCGGCUCCCAUAUAUUAUCUGUUUUAAAUGCUCACUUGAACUGCAGAUAUAGUUGUACAGCAGCAAACACAAAUUUGAAAUGUGUACUAAUUUAGAAAAUUUCUUUUAAAUAUGUUUUGUAAUAUUGUUUUAAAACAUCACUUUUCAUUCCAAUGAUUAUUACAUAUUAGAUGGACUGGAUUUAUAUUGAAUAAAUAAUGAUAGGUAAAGUUUAGCAUCAUUAUUGUUUUGUUAUAUGCAUUUUGAAGAGUUCUUCCUUCCUUACUUUGUUUGACCAUAGACUGUUCUAUGCAUCACCAUGAAAUGUUGUAUGCUCUCAAGUUUGACUUUUUAUCUUAUGUGUGAACGAAACAAAAAGUGUGUCAUUAAAAUAUUUUUUUUUAUA